CAUGAAAUCCAACUAAAACUCUAGUCCUCCUCCCUCUGCUUAAAGGCACCUGCAUGUCACUGUGGAGAUGAUGUUCCUGGUGCUGAAAAUGUCUCUAGUUCUUUGACAACGGCUGAAGACAAUGGGGUCAAGUCCACUUGGGAAAGCAGCAACGCUAGAUGAACUGUUAAGCACAUGCAUUGAACUGUUUGAUGAUAAAGGAGAAUUAAGCAACAGCCAUUUGCCAAGAAUAGUACUACUGAUGCACCGAUGGUAUCUAUCAUCUACUGAGUUGGCAGGAAAACUGCUCUCCAUGUACCGAGAUGCUGGUGAGGAAAACUGCAAUGAAUUUCGCUUGAAGAUAUGUUACUUCAUGAGAUAUUGGAUUUUGGAGUUCCCUGCAGAAUUUAAUUUGGAUCUGGGUUUGAUACGUAUGACAGAGGAGUUCAGAGAUGUGGCCAGUCAGCUGGGCUACGAACAGCACAUCCAAUUCAUUGACAUCUCCAGCAUCCCUUCCUAUGACUGGAUGAGAAGGGUCACGCAGAGGAAGAAGGUUUCCAAGAAGGGCAAAGCCUGCCUGUUAUUUGACCACCUGGAGCCUAUCGAGUUGGCGGAGCACCUGACUUUUCUGGAACAUAAAUCUUUUAGAAGGAUUUCAUUCACCGAUUACCAGAGCUACGUCAUCCAUGGCUGCCUGGAAGAUAACCCGACCCUGGAGAGAUCUAUUGCUUUAUUUAAUGGGAUCUCUAAAUGGGUUCAGUUGAUGGUCCUUAGCAAACCAACUCCCCACCAGAGAGCGGAGGUCAUCACAAAGUUUAUCAAUGUUGCACAGAAGCUCCUUCAGCUUCAGAACUUUAACACACUGAUGGCUGUGGUGGGAGGCCUAAGCCACAGUUCGAUUUCUCGCCUCAAAGAGACUCAUUCUCACCUUUCUUCUGAUGUUACAAAGGACUGGAAUGAAAUGACAGAAUUAGUCUCCUCCAAUGGCAACUACUGUAAUUACCGCAAAGCCUUUGGUGACUGUAUUGGCUUCAAAAUGCCCAUCCUGGGAGUUCACUUGAAAGACUUGAUAGCAGUUCAUGUCAUCUUCCCAGACUGGACGGAAGAGAACAAAGUCAACAUCGUGAAAAUGCACCAGCUCUCCGUUACCUUGAGUGAACUGGUCUCCCUUCAGAGCGCCUCUCACCACUUAGAACCCAACAUGGAUUUAAUCAAUCUCCUGACACUUUCUCUGGACCUCUAUCACACAGAAGAUGAUAUCUACAAACUCUCAUUGGUGCUGGAACCCAGGAAUUCGAAAUCGCAGCCUACCUCGCCCACUACCCCCAACAAGCCCGUUGUGCCCCUCGACUGGGCGUCCGGAGUGAUUCCGAAGCCUGACCCAACCAUCAUCAACAAGCACAUAAGGAAGUUGGUUGAGUCUGUUUUUAGAAACUACGAUCAUGAUCAUGAUGGGUAUAUCUCCCAAGAGGACUUUGAAAGUAUAGCUGCUAACUUUCCCUUCUUGGACUCCUUCUGUGUGCUGGACAAAGACCAGGAUGGUCUAAUUAGUAAAGAUGAAAUGAUGGCUUAUUUCCUGAGAGCAAAAUCCCAGCUCCAGUGUAAAAUGGGACCCGGGUUUGUUCAUAACUUUCAUGAGAUGACCUAUCUCAAACCGACCUUCUGUGAACACUGUGCAGGAUUUCUCUGGGGCAUAAUCAAGCAAGGAUACAAAUGCAAAGACUGUGGAGCCAACUGCCACAAGCAGUGCAAGGACCUGCUGGUGCUGGCCUGUAGGAAAUUUGCCAGGGGCAUCUCAGUGGGUGGCACCCCCGGCUCUCUGCCUGGAAGUCCUUCCCUGCCUGCAGCACCGGAUGAAGUGUUCGAAUUCCCCCGAGUGGCGGCCCAACGGCAAGACCUGGACGGCAGGGCUAUCACCCUGGUGACCGGCUCCUCCCGCAAGAUCUCGGUGCGCCUGCAGCGGGCCACCACCAGCCAGGCCACGCAGACCGAACCCUUGUGGUCCGAGCCCGGCUGGGGUGACUCCGGCUCUCACACUUUCCCCAAAAUGAAAUGCAAAUUCUACAGCAAAGCUGGGAAGAACAAAGGUUUUGCCCAGUGGGAGAAUGAGAAGAAGCCCGAAGGCCAGGCCACCAUGGAGCUGGAGAGCCCCGGGUACGUGCUGGACCAGAACGGGACGGACACGGACCGCGCCGAGCGGGGAUGCGAGGAGAGUUGAUCGUUAAUCCUGACAUCUGGAGAAUGAUGCAGUUGACCGUGAGAAAUAGAACAAGAUGAGAAAUCUAGAAGAUUGUACUGGAAAGUUCGCUGGACCUCCCCUUCUACCUGGGAACUCAGCAGAUCUUCCGGUUAUGAUUAUAAAAUAGGGUGUUUGCCUCAAGUUGAACUAUUUAUUGUUGCCCCCGUAAAGCAUCAGUCGUACACUGCAGAGAAGAAGUUGAAGGGCGAGACAUGUAAUAAGUAGUUAGCCCCCUUUUUCUUUCUUUGAGGUCACUCGUCAGCAGUUAAAAUCCUCUCUGUGCUCUCACUCCUCACGUUCCACUGGAGACCUACUGAUUCUCCUGGGGAAAUUGUGACUGGUUUUUCUGUGAACUGGGAGACACGUGCCAAAGCUUCUCCAUCAUGGCCCUGUUUUUACUCCAUAUUCAUCUUUUUCGAUAAGAAAGAGAACAGGACUUUAUGGCUUCACUGCUGAGUGUCAACUAGGCCCCUAGGAAUCUGGACUACCUAGCAUCCUUCCCUCAGAUGAAUCCCUGCCAUGCUCUGGUUUUACAUUGCUCUUUGGAUGAUAUAUUUUGCUGGUGACCAUCACAAAUGCCAAACUCACCACCUGGGGCUGGACCACUAAGACCAUCAUGAAAGGCAAAGCUAUGGCUACCUGAAAAAUCUCAAACUUCCAUCACCUUAUAACUGAUUCUGGUUGUCCUACAACACAGCUAAUUAUAUCUUUGAUGAGUUCAGCCAUCCCGGAGCAAGAGAGAAAGACGCCAGUGAAGUGCAUGCAGAACCAAUCGAAGGGUGGUUCAAAAAAAUUUCACAGACAUCUGCAACGGAUUUGAUGGUGCUAAUGCUCUCUGGCACAUCGGAUUGGGUGCAAAUUUUUUUGUUAUAUUUCAGCACCACAGGAGGCUAAAUUCUUAGGUUAUGCUGGCCUAGGAGGGAACUUUUGGCCACAAGAUUGUGACCUCAAGUAUGCUAUUCACCUGGUCAAUGGGUUUAUUCCUAGAAAGCUCCCCUUUCUUCCCCAUGCUGUGAGCCUGCUCCUUGGACUGGAAUGGGAAAUGGUAAUACUGAGCUCACAACUUUCUUUCCCAAACUUGGAAGGUCAGAAACCCUCUCUGAUAGGAGAUGGUCUCUGAUGGGAGAGUGCCCUAUUGGACAGAGUGGAGCAGUUGUGAAGGAGGCUAUGCUACUGUCGGCCAUCAGCCCACCCUGAUGGCCAGGAUCCGAGGGCAAGCUGGGAGGCCAGCCCGCCAGACCCUAUCUUGAAAACGCCUAAUCUGUCUAUCCAAAGCAUCCCCAGUUUGUGUCAGGUGUUCUCUUAACAUGUCAUUUCCGCAGAUUUCCUCCCUGAAAAACCCUUCGGAAAACACCCUUGGCUCCAGGACCCAAAUAGCCACCAUCUCUUCAGUGUUGACUUGGGCAGAAAAAAUCUCGGUCGUGUUUUUACUGUUCGAAGAAGGCGGUUGCCACGACAAGGAACUUUUGAUAUUCGUGGAAGGACACGUGCAGCCAUUGUAUUUGUAGCAGAUUGAAAAUAUCGUACGGCCGUAAAUAAAAGUCGCUCUUCUUCAAGA